AAGCCAAUAAUGAAAAUGAGCAUCGAUAUUGGUGCGAGAACAAUAUCGCAUUUCGAAUUGUUUUUCUUCAUCUUAUGCUUCAAAAGUUGUUUGAAGAUGAGACUCCUAUUAUUAGCGAUAACACUAACCAAAGAAACACUCGUAUUGAAGGCCUCCAAUAAGUACGUUCGCUAUAAGAAAGUGAUGCAGUCUCUCUGCCCUUCUGAAGUCGACAUGUAUAGAGAUGCGUUUAAUUUUUUUGACAAAUCUAAGAAAGGAUAUUUAGUGGCGGACGACUUUGAGCGGGCACUGACCACGAUAAAUUCCAUCACCGAGACCCCAACCUCCAGAGAGGACGCGGAGAGUCUGGUCAGAGAGUACGAUGUGAACGGUGAUGGUAAAAUAACGUUUGAGGAAUUAGUCGUUUCCAUUGUAAAACGGAAGGAAACGAAGGACAAAGACUCAGAACUUCAAAAACUAUUUCAAAAUUUUGAUAGUGAUGGCGAUGGUGCUUUGAAUAAAGGGGAACUAAUUGCAUUGUUAGGUUCGAUACAGGAGAAGGUAUCGGCAACAGACAUUGAUGAGAUUUUAGCUGAUUUUGAUGAAAAUGAAACGGGGUUGAUGCAAUACAACGAUUUUGUGAAGAUUAUGAAGCAACUUGUUUGAAGAAGGCAAUGUAGAUGAUUUCGAUGUAGUUGGAUAAAAUAUUUGCUCUGUACAUUUUUUAAAAGAAAAAAAUUAUGUUUAUGUUUUGCAUAAUUUGUUUAAAAAAGAAACAACGAAUUGUUAUUAAAAUACACUAUGUGUAAUGUUCGAUUACUAUUUCUUUUAUGUUUUCCAAGAGUAUAUAUUUGUUUUAAUUAACCUUGUAGAGGCAUACAGGGUACGCACUGUAUAUGUAGGAACAAGAAAUUUGUUUCAGUUAUGAUGGCAUUUCCUUGAUAUGAUUUGUAUAACAUGUAUGUUUUGGCUAUCUUAUUGUAAUAAAUGUACUUUUGAGAGAAGAAAAAAUAUAUAUACAUUGUAAAUCAUGUUAACAGUAAACAUGUGCAAUAGGAAAAGGUUAUAUUAUAUAUAUAUAUGUGUAUUGAGAAGAAAGGGAACAUUAAAAUCCUUAUAUUUACAUCUACCAAGUAAUAUUUCCUGUAUUUCUUACGGAAACUUAUAGUUAAAAUUCAUAGCUCUAUAGAAGCAGCAAGACUGAAAUCUACACGCCCCGUUUAUCGAUUGGUCGAAAUCUACAGCGGCUGAAACUGACAAGAAAUUGACAGGACUGAAAUUGACACACCCUAUUUAUCGAUUGGUCGAAGCCAACAGCGACCUAAAAAAAUCACAGACUGAACGAAAUGAUCAUGAUGAUGUAAGACUCAAAGUCUCACAGCUGGAUUCGAAGAUUCAAUAUUACUAGAGAUUGGAAGGGUACAGCGUGUUUAUUUCGCAAGAACUAUAAAACGUGAAACCAAACAGAAAACUUUACAUCCUCACUUGCUCUGAGUACAUGCAUUACUACUCAAAGGAGUAUAAAAGGUAAAUUGAAAUUGAUGAACCGGAUGCUAGACCAGAAUAUGCUAUCGAUUAAACAAGCCCAUGGUCCACAUCGCUCACAUAAGCAACGAUGUUAAAAUUUGACCAAAGUAGCGGAUAACAAUAAAAGAAUACUAUACAUAAUUAAUAAUACAUUUUUUAAUCGAACUUCUUCAUUCUUACAAAUAAGUAUCACGUAUAUAUACAAUGAAAUUCGAUGCAUGAAUUUGGACCACAUGAUGUAAGUUCCCUUUCUUAUUCUUAUCAUAGAGUCUGGAAAUGAAGCUCGAUUGUAAUAAAAAGUUCAAAUGUACAUUACAAUUGUUAGCUGCAGGUUUGUAGCUCCCGGUCUGAAAAAAAAAUUCGGAUGGACGACCUGGGAGUUACAUUUCCUUCCGUGUUAAAAAUUGCCAGGAUGUGUUGUGUUAUAUACUACUAGAUUGUUAUCACAAUAUCAUUAAGUGCCCCCUAUUCUUUAGUAUAGUCAUGUUGUAAAUUUUGAAUUUACUGACUGGCAGUAAAUUAAUUUUUGUAUUUAUUGCCACCCGGUAAAACCAAUUUUUACGACAUUAUCCAGCAUAAACUUUGGUAUCUAUGAUAUUAAACGUUCAAAUUAUAUAAAGCUAACUUUGUACGAUGGAUACUUGUUCAACAAAACUUUUUUAAGCGAACUAUUAUCAAACGCGUUAAAAAAUACAUGACGUUAUUUAUUGUGUACUUCGUCAUCAGUUUCAAAGAAAAAAAAGUGUGGUGAUCCGCAAAACCGGAUUUUACAUGUUGUGUUGUAUCCAAAUUGCGCAUACAAGAACAGAACAAUGCCUUUUAAUCAGUUAGAACUGCACAGGUCCAGCUUUAUCUUGAAGAUAUGAAAAAACAUUUUUUAAAUAAUGAAAGGAGGUCACUACUAUCAACUCUACAACCAUUUGUUGAGAAAAAGAUCGAAGCUUGCCCACUCUUUGUCUCAAAAUAGGGUACCCUAUUCCUAAAAUGGGUCUCAGAAACUAUUAGUUCGCACGAGAUAUUUUUGUCAGAGUCUAUGGAGGUAUUUUGAAGUUAUAUUUUCAUUGAAAAAUGUCAGUAUAGUAUUUAUUCAAGACAUUUGCUUGUUGAAUCCUUGCCUCACUUUUAAAAAGAAUUUACAAUGCACUUUAAUUUACACACAUAUAACUGACCCCCCCCCCCCCCGGAACUUGUCUGUUACAUUCAACACAUUGUUUUUAUUUAAUUUUUUUUCUCUGAAAAUAUAACGCCAAUAUCCCUCCGUAUAUACAGAAGUUCUAAGUACCUAUAGACUGGAUUUGUUCUUGUUUUAAAGAGAUCCUACAUCAUGUAUGUCGACUGAUAAAAAUAGGGUACCCUAUUUUGAGACAAAGCUACAGCAUUAAUGUGCAAGAUUCAACCUUUUUCCCAACAACUUGUUGUAGAGGGGACAUCAAUAAAACCCUUUCAUAUUUUUUUUUUUUUUUUUUUUUACGAUUUUUAAAUAUCCAUAAGUCUGCAGUUGUGCAGUUCUACAGAAGUCUAAGUCACAGGUGCUUGAGGACAGGAUCGCUCCCCCCCCCCCCCCCCUUCCAAGUAUAUAGACCCCCAGGACUUUAUUAAAUUAUCCUUUUAUGACAUAUUUCUAAUCUUAUUUAUUCAUUCAUUGCCCAAAAUUACCUAAAACAAAUUGCAUCUUUCACCUUUCAUUUUUUUGUUGUCAUGAAUCCCAAUAAGUUCUCCAGCAUCCAUAAUUACUACAUUGUACAUGUACUAGUAUCCGAUCUGAUGAUUUGAAUAGACUUACAUUGAUGAAUACACCAUUGAAGUUGAGCAACAAACACAUUACUGCAUAUAAAAACCAAGAAAAUCUUAAAUUUACAACAUCAUUUAUUCAGGAUAUCAUGUUAUGAAGAUAUAAAACAACAUGACAGGUGACACGUAACAAUACUUUUACACCUGUGUGCAUUCCUGAAUUUGAAGGAUGAAAAUCUGAUGAACGAGAACGUGAAAAAAUUGUCUAUCAAGGUAGUAUUUUUGCAGUCUUGCGUUGUUAGGUGCACGGAAGUAGACAAAAAGGUUACCAACAAAAGAUUAUUGUGUAGUUAAAAUAUACUUCUCAUUUCAAACAUGAAAUGCUGCAAAAUAUUUCAAUGAUGUAAAUCAACUGGUCAACAACCCAGUCUCUUGUAUGAGGGAAUUAAUA